ACGCCCCUUGGAUCUUGCUCAAUCAGCCAGGAGGGGUCCUCCUACCCCACCCCUUCGCCUCUGACUUUCUUUCCCCAAACCGCGGCCAAGGCAGAAGACCCAAGGGUAAGCAAGAUGCUUCUCAAGCUGGCUGUCCUGAUACCGCUAAUGGCAUUGAUCGUAGGCCAUGUAAAUGGCUUCCCCAAGCCCGAAGGCACCAAAGGAGAUAAAUCAAUACACAACAGAGAAUUAAGUGUUGAGAGACCACUAGAAGAACAGAUUGCUGAGGCAGAGGCAGAUAAAAUGAAAAAAUCAGCCUCUACAGAGAAUAAGCCAGAAUUCAGAAAUUAUUCAUUUGCUGAUGACCUGAACCUGCUUAAAUCAGCAGUAGAAAAAGAGAGAAAGGAAAAGGAAAGGGAAUCGCUCAGAAGCUCGCUCUACGAUCAACAGCUGGCCCUUGAUGACACAGAUUCCACCAAGAGCCGCAGGCUGGUGGAUGAUUAUGACUCCACAAAAAGUGGCCUGGACUAUAAAUAUCAAGAUGACCCAGAUGGACUUCACCAGCUUGAUGGGACACCUCUAACAGCUGAGGACAUCGUCCAGAAGAUUGCCACAAGAAUAUAUGAAGAAAAUGACAGAGGAGUCUUUGACAAAAUCGUUUCCAAGCUUCUGAAUCUGGGCCUCAUUACGGAAAGCCAGGCCUACACCCUGGAGGACGAGGUAGCCGAAGUCUUGCAACAGCUAAUUGCCAACGAAGCAAAAGAUCGGGAAAAGGCAUCCGAAGAGCUCAGCUACAUCCCAAGCAGAACAGACAGCGAUGCCAAAGAGAAACUGGAGGGGGAAAUGGUGCCCAAAAAUACAGAUCAAGAUGAUACCUUGGAUAACACGUGGACUUCCUCCAACACCUUGGAAAGAAGAAACGAGCUGCCUCCUGAGGACAAUUUUGAAGAUCUCCAGUAUUUCCCUAAUUUUUAUGAACUGCUGAAAAGCCUUAACUCAGAGAAAGAAGUUAAGGAAAAAGAAACGCUGAUAACGAUCAUGAAGACCUUAAUAGACUUUGUGAAGAUGAUGGUCAAAUAUGGAACUAUCACACCCGAAGAAGGUGUUUCCUACUUAGAAAAUCUGGAUGCAAUGAUAGCUCUACAGACAAGAAAGAAACUUGAAAAACCCAGUGCCAAAACCAAACUACCAUCAGACAAGAGCACUGAAGAGGCUGAUAGCACAAAAGCAGCAGCAGCGAAAAUGGAAAAAGAGUACGAAACGCUGAAAGAUUCCACAAAAGCUGAAGAACAAAAUACAGGCAACAAUGAGGAGCCGAAAGGGAAAGCAGAAGCGUAUUUGGAAGCCAUCAGAAAGAACAUUGAAUGGCUGAAGAAACACAACACGCAGGGAAAUAAAGAAGAUUACGACCUUUCCAAACUGCGAGACUUCAUUGAUCAACAAGCUGAUGCUUACGUCGACAAGGGCAUUCUGGAUAAAGAAGAGGCGGACGUGAUCAAACGUAUCUACGGUAGCCUGUAAAGAACAGAACAGAAGAUGUCUCUUGAAGCUGUAGAGAGGUUUAGUCUAUCUUCACCCACCUCUAGUUUUAUGACCUACAACCUUCUUUCUCCCCGCACCCCACUACCCUGUCUCUACCCCUAAGAGGUUAUUAGAAAGUAUUCUGUCUUCAUUGUACUGAAUCUUUUCCAGGUUAAAAAAAUAUAUAUCUUUGUCAACAGUCCCCAAUGACUGCAUAUCCAUUCUUCCAUAUACCUUCACCAUUCCACUUAAGGCAGAAUUUUGCUGCCUUCUUUAUCGUUAACAGGGUAAAAUGCCAACAUGUUCCCUUUAGCCUAACUUUAGUCACCAAGCAGCUCUU